GGCCGGGCCGAGGGCAGCGAGAAUGGAAGGCGGUGCGUACGGAGCGGGCAGGGCUGGGGGCGCCUUCGACCUCCAGACCUUCAUCCGGCAACCCCACACCGUGCUGCGCCUGGUGUCCUGGGUGUUCGCCAUUGUUGUCUUUGGCUCUAUCGUGAAUGAGGGCUAUCUGAAUGACUCUAAGGAGAGUGAGAAAUUCUGCAUCUACAAUCGGAACCGCAAUGCCUGCAAUUAUGGAGUCACUGUGGGUGUUCUGGCCUUCCUCACCUGCAUCCUCUACCUGGCCCUGGACGUCCACUUCCCUCAGAUCAGCAGCGUCAAAGACCGGAAGAAAGCUGUGAUCUCUGACAUUGGUGUCUCAGCCUUCUGGGCAUUCCUCUGGUUCGUUGGUUUCUGUUUCUUGGCCAACCAGUGGCAGGUCUCCAAACCUGAGGACAACCCUAUGAAUGAGGGGACAGACGCAGCUCGAGCUGCCAUCACCUUCUCCUUCUUCUCCAUCUUUACCUGGGUGGGCCAGGCGGUGCUGGCCUUCCAGAGGUACCGGAUCGGCGCCGACUCAGCCCUCUUCUCCCAGGACUACACGGACCCAAGCCAGGAUUCAAGCAUGCCUUAUGCCCCCUAUGCCAGUGAGCCGGAGGCUGGGCCUGACAUUGGCGGCUCCUACCAGCAGCCUGCCAACGCCUUUGAUGCUGAGACACAGGGCUACCAGACACAGGGGUACUAAGCCAGUGAUGGGCCCCUCCUCAAAUCCCUUCUGGCCCCCACACCCACCUCCCCUUGGCCUCUCCACCUCAGUGUCCAGAGGCAAAGAAAGACACCCCCAUUACCUUCUCAGUCCUAAGCCCCCAGCCCCAGCUGUUACACACUCACGCACAUACAAACUCCACACUUACUCUUCUCUUCCAAUUCCUGCCCUCAUUUCCUCUAGCUGAAUGGAGUAUAUUUCCAUCUUGCUGAGGUACGUGUAUCCUACCCCUCUUAAAUUUUACUAGAAAUGUCUCUGAAUUCCAUCUGGGUCCUAGGGUGGAGAAAGCAACAGAAUAUCCAGGCAUGGGGGCUGACCAUCCAGGGAGAGAAUGGCGGUGUCCCCCCUAGGGGUGAAUGGUAUGGUUGGGAGGGAGUGUGUGUUUGUGUGUGUGUGUAUGUGCACAGUGUGUGUGCACAUGCAAAUGUGUCUGUGUAUGAAUACACUCACCAGAAGGUGGAAAUGAUUGAGGGAGUUAAGAAAGUGUAAGUAUAUUUGGAUAUGAUGGGUGGGAGAGCAGGGUUUACAAGUUGGUGCAGGAGUGCAGGUGUGGAGGGCUUCCACUGGUGAAAGGGUCAAGCACUGGAUUUAAGAGUGAGAAGACCUGAGUCUUUGGUUAAAGAGCUUCCCCACCUCUAAAAUGAAGGUAUCAGCCUUUUUGCCUGCCCUCCUAGGUCCCUCUGGCUCAGAGAUUGGUUGAGGUCUGACUCCCAACCCCAUCACAGCCUUUACCCUCAGAUCCUGGGCUCCUUCUCCAGAGUCCUGGUGCUGCGGGCCCUUUCAGUAUUAUCACCCUUUCUCGGGUCCCACUUGGCUCGGAUGGGAAGGAUUAACAGGUUUUUCUGUGCCUGGGAUAGAACAGGUUUGUGCCAGUGCCAGGGUCCAUCUCAGCUCCGGGGGGGUCUCUGCUGAUCUGCAUGUCCUCUUGGCCUCAGUGCUUUCCAGAUCAAAGCCAAGACACUGGUCACCUUCUUGGCCUCACUAACUCCAGGGUACAGGGACAUCACGUUUCCUGCCCAAUGAUGCCUACACAGGGACUCUCCUACCUCCCUUCAGAGCUCAGCUAAGUUGUUCCCAUGCUGCAUAAGCGCCCCUGAAAGAACUCCCUUCCUCUUUUUGUCCUGAGCUCAUCCCCCCUGCACGUUCCUGGCUCCUUCGGCCUACAUUGAACUGCAUUGACCCAGGUGUGGAUCCCAGCAUCCUACGGUGGAUACUGCCUGGACAUCCCUCCCCUCUGGAAAAUCAGAGCAGCCUCCUCCAUUCCAUGCUUCCACCAAUCCCCAACCUCAUCCACCUCCUCUACUCCCCCCAAAAAAUCCAACCCAACAAUUUUUUUGUGUCUCAAAGGCCUAGGGUUGGAAAGGUCCUUCUAAAGAGAAGUCUAUCCCACUGCCUUAUUUAAGCCAUCCCACACAUGUUUUGUGCAAGUCAGCCUGGCUUUUAUAUGGCCAGACAACACACAGGCUAGGUGUGUCGAGCACUUGGAUUCUGAAUCAAUCAAUCGUUCACCAAAAGUUUCUAAAACAUCCUUCCUGGGUUCAGCCUUGCACUGGAUACUGAGUGUGAGAUUCAAGCUGAGGAAGAUAGGGGCCUUGUCCUCAUGGACCUCACCAAGAUCCCACAGAAGGCAGGGUCGGGGAGGAGCAGGGAAGGCAUACGUGUACAUAGAACAUUGGGUUAUUGGGUUGGACUGGUGAUUUCACUGGUAAAGAUGUCCCUCCCCCUACACUGGGGGAAGGAGAAAAUGUAGACAUGUACUGACUCUGCAUCUUAGCCAGAGAGCACUUCUUGGGCCCCGAGAAGUUAAGUAUUUGCCCUCGGUCACAAAUAGGAUUUGAACCCAGGUCUUCUAGACUCUGAGGCUGGCUCUCUAUCCAUUGGGCUACACUGCCUCUCACUGGAGAACAUGAGGCCUUUUGCUGGAGUAAAAGGAAUGAGGGGUGGAAGGGGAGAAAAGCUUGGAAAGGCAGGUUGAGGCCUGAUAGAGAGGCUUGAAUGACAGCUGCACACUCUCCCUCACCUUCUGUCUAAGAGCAAAGAGCUUGUAGAUUCACCCGUCCCGUCCCAGCAUCCCAGAGUGCCUGGACUUCUCAGAAGUGUCCAGUGUCUGUCUCAUCCUCACCCAAUUUUUGGAGAUUGGAGGAGAAGCCUUAGGCACAGAGAAAGGAGUGACUUUCCCGAGGUCAGGAAGGUCAUUAAUGGGCAGGAUUGGAACCUGGCUUCUCCACCCAAAACCCAGUGUUGUUUAUACUACACUCCCAUUGCUUCUAAUCACAAGGGAGGCACCUGAGGCCCAGAGAAGUCAGAGCAAUGUACCUGAUGUCACACAGCAUAUGACGAAGUAGAGAAGGGGGGGAGGGAAGCCUGGGCUGGCUGGCUCUUUCCAGAUCAUUCUGGUCCCAGAGUCCACAGAUAGGCCCUUGUCUCAGGGAAGCAACAGGGUUCACUGGAGGAUGGAUUUUCUCUAGCAACCAGGCUGCUCAGGAAGGAACAUUAAACAUAGGUGGGGGAGCCCUUCUAAGCAGAAUCCAGCUGCAGCCUCCCCCCACCUCCCACCCCUCCCAAGGCUGAAAAGGUCAUGGAAUAGGCAGUAGAAGAGGGUGACCAGGAGGGAAAGGGGCUGCAAACUGUGUCCUAUUUGGAUCAGGUGAAGGAACUGGGGAGAAGAGAAAACUUAGGAAAGAAUGAAGCAUUUUUUGUGUGUCUAAAAAGCCAUUACAGGGAAGAGGCAUUAAAGGGCAGUAGUGAAAAGAGUAAGGGAUUCAGAAUCAGAAGACUUGGGUUCAGACCCCACACUAGCUAGCCUUGGAGAUACCCUUUUCCCCAUCUCAGCCUUCACUUCCUCACCUAUACAAUGACAAGGCUGUACUGGACAGCCUCCAAAUUGAUGAUCUGAUGACUGAGGGACUUUUAAGGUCUUUCACAUGUUAACAUUUGGUGGGUUUACAAGCUAACUAGCAGCAAUGAGUGGAAAUUACAGGGAAGCACAGUUGGGCUCAAUAGAAGGGACAGAGCUGUUUAAAAGGAGAAUGGUCUGUUUCAGGAAGGUAGUGAGCCCUCUGUCACUAAAAGCCUUCCAACAGUGGCUGGGUAUAAAGGCUUGAUAAAGGUGAGGAGAGGGCUAGAUACCAGGAUUUGUUCUGCUUCACCAGACAAGUCAAUUCUCUUCUCUGAGGUCCAGUUUCCUCAUCUGCAGAAUAAGGGUUUUGAUUUCUGUCUGCCUUACCUCGUGGAAUAUUGUGAAGUCCAAAUGAGGUAAUUGGUGUGAAAAACAUUCAGAAUGAUGUUCAUCUGUGAGAGAUUCAAGGGGGUACUCCUACCCCAGCACUCCCCCACACACAUCCUUUCCCAUGAUCACCUCCAGUGAGGCCACUGGAACCUUGUACUUGGGGGCAGAAUUCCUGGGCUGUGAUCCUCCUGACACUGCUUACUGGCCAGGAGACCCUGGACAAAGCCCUUAGCCUCUGGGGGCCUCAGCUGCCUCAUCUAUAAAAUAGGAGUACCACCUUACCUACCUACCUGAAGGCAAAGUGCUGGAGCAGAUGACCUGUGGGGCAGCCCUCCUAGCUCUAAGAGGGACGGUUCCUUUGAGUUAAAGUUUGCCCUCAACCUGAUGGGGGCUUGUGGGGGGGGAGGGGCGUGGUGGAAGAAGGUGAUGCUUAUGGGUGAUCAUUUUCUCUCCUUGCUGGAUUCCGACUCCUCAUCCCCCCCACCCAUCCCCAACUCCAGCCAGGAUCUCCCUAUUCAAUCAGAACCAACCCCACGUGGACCACCCCUGCUGUUAUAAGCAGUCAGCCUCAGCUGACUGACAGCUCCCUUCUUCCUAACCCUAGAUUUCUCCCUCACUUAGCUCCCAGGAGGUCCCUGAGGGGCUCCAGACUUGUAGGUUUCCUGGGGUGCCUCUAGUAGGUCCCAGCUCUGUUUGACAGGACUGUGAUGCCUUUAUAGCAACUAUCUGUUUUCUUCAAUGUGAGUGCAAGGUUUUUACCUCCUAGCCUGCCCCCACCCACCUAUUUCCUGACUUUCACACUAUUUCUAGGUUCUUGCUGCCCCCCAGACCUCCCCCAACUCACCAAGGGCCCCCAGUCCUUUCCCUUCCUUAGACCUUACCUUUCUGCCCUGGUUCUGGCUAAAUCUGGGUCCAAGAAUCCUUCACGGAAAACAGAGGGUGGCCUCAAGGGCCACUUUGGGGCAAUGCUCUCCACUUCGAGUUGUGGGAGGAUAGGCGCCUUUCCCUCUGCCUCCCAAUCCUGCUCCCUCUGACUGCAUCCUUGGGGUGUCUAUAGUCCUAACUGGGUGUCCCCUACUUGCCUCUCCUCCUCCCUGCAGCAUUACUGCCUGUGUAUAGUAUAAAUAUAUAUUUUAUAUAUAUAUAAGAUGUAUAAUAUAAGGCUAUACAAAUAUAGAUGUGUGUGUAUGUGUGUGUGUGUGUGUGUAUGUGUGUGUGAGUGAUUGUGAAGAGAGUGGUAAAGGAUGGUCAGCUCCAGGCAGAUCCCAUAGUAGGGUGUUCAUCUGGCUCUCCCCAGUGUAUCCGGACCCCUCCUCUGCCCACCAGCCCUUGGCCACCCCAUCUGGUUGCCUGAGAGGGACUCUCAGAACCUGUGUUGGUUCCGUCCUUUAUAUUUGUGCUGAACCAAGUGAAGGUGGUGACUACUGGUGACAUAUCAAUAAAGUGGUGUU